AUGGCUGCCGAGGUAACCAGCGAGGAACAGUACGAUCUGACGUCAGUCAUAGGCGGCUACCUGGACCGCCACCUCGUCUUCCCUAUGCUAGAGUUCCUCUCUGAGAAGAAGAUGUACGAGGAGGGAGACAUGCUGAAGGCCAGACUGGAACUGCUGAGUCAAACUAACAUGGUGGACUAUGCAGUGGACAUAUACAAACAGCUGCAUCAGGAUGACGAUGCUCCUGCCCCUCCUGAGUUGCUGCAGAAAAGAGAACAUGUGGUGGAGAAACUGCACGAGUUUGAGGAGACCAUUGAUCCCAUAGUUCAGCUAUUUGAAGACCCUGAAGUCCAGGAGUACCUGGAGCAAAAGAAGGAAGACCUAACACUCUUUGAGUACCUCUCACAGAACCAUAAUUUCAAGCCGGAGAUGGUGGAUCUAGUGUACAACUGUGCCAAGUUCAAGUACGAGUGUGGCAACUACACCGAGGCCUCCGAGUAUCUCUACUUCUACCGAGUACUGGCUCCCAGUGAUCACCACAACACACUGAGUGGAAUGUGGGGCAGACUGUCGUGCUAUAUCCUGGUGGCAGACUGGGAGUCUGCCCUCGAGGAACUCAACAACCUCAGGAAACACAUCGACGACUCCAUCCACACACCCCACCUCCUCCGUCUCCAGCAGAGGAGUUGGCUCAUCCACUGGAGUCUCUUCGUCUUCUUCAACCACGCCAAGGGUCAGGACGACAUCAUCGAACUACUCCUAUACAAACCCGACUACCUGAAUGCCAUCCACACCAGCUGUCCACACAUCCUCCGCUACGUAACUGCAGCAGUCAUCACCAACAAGAGAAGACAGUCCAUUCUCAAGGACCUCAUCAGAGUCAUCAAAAGGGCAAGUCCCCCAUAAAUUAGCUCCAUUCUCAAACAACUC